UUAAACAUUUUUGGUUGCUAAACGACAAUAGUGCACAUGAGAUCCGUACAGCGAAAAGAGACGCGAAAAAUCAGAUUGCUGAGUAAAAUUACAGCUCAAACACUGUAGCGUUGACACGCAAUAUCGAGAAACGCCGACAUCACGAAACAACAUCUACAUCUUGGGAACUUCUUAAAACCCCUGCCAAUUUCAAUGCUCUUUAGAUACUGAUGUCAGGAUAUGUAAACAUGGACGUCUCUAGAAUUACAGGCAUAUGUUUUUUAUUGUAGAAAAAUAAUCGGAUGCUACAGAUUAUAUCUGCUUUGCUCACCUGAGAAAGUAUUAUGGUUCUAGCAUUAUUAUUGCUCAUAAGACGCACUGUGAUAGGUUAUAGUACAAUAAACAUUGGCAAUCACAAAGGCUAUGAUGUCUUUAGUAGCUGGUGAACUGGUCACUGAAGAAGAGGUGGAGGAUCUGAAGUCAAGAAAAAAUAAAGUACCUGGUAGACCACCUCCUUCUCCUAAGUCACCAUACCUGAAAAGUGCAAACUUGCAUCUGAAGAGAAGUCCAUCAGCAUCUUGGAAGACAGUGAGAAGGACACAGCUCCAUAACUGUGAAACCCCUCCGAUUGGCACACCCAGAGAUGUCUGGUUGCACUUACAGAAUGAGGGACAUGGGACAUUGUCAAAGUCUCCAAUGGGAGCCGAUUACAGUGUUGCACAGACCAGCAUCUCACAGAGCAGCACACCUGAAUACUUGAAGGAGGCCUUUGGAAUGAAAAAGCCAAAAUACUCUCGCUCCGCAUCUAAUGGUUAUGUUCCAGGAACCCCAGACUACAAAGAGAAGGAGGAUAUGUACAAUGAAAUAAUUGAUCUAAAAAAGACCAUCCAAGUCCAAAAGGCUGAAUCUGACAAGCUGAAAGCCAAGAUGCGGCGUCUUGAAGAGGACAACACUAAGAAAGACAGACAGAUCGAACAACUGCUGGAUCCAACUAAGGACCCAGAGUACGCUAGGGGUUUAGUGGACAAGAGGACUGAACAUAGAUCGAUCAUUAAUGGACUGAAACAGAGGAUUCUGCGACUGGAGCAGCAGUGCAAAGAAAAAGGGAAUACCUUGAGUCAGCUUCAGAGUGACCUUAAAACCACUAACAUGCAGGAAAUGCAGAUCACUGUAGAAACCUACUAUGAGGAGGUUCACAGGUUGCGAGCAUUGUUAGAGUCAACAGAGAAAAGUAAUAAGGCAACGAGCAAAGAAAGCAGGCGGCAAAACAAAGUCCUCAGUGCGACAGUUCUAAAACUCACAAAGGCAGUCAAACAGCUGGAGGAUGAGAACCAGGAACUUAAAAAGGAAUUGGUUCAGGAAGAGAUCAGCAUGAUGGAGAGUUCUGCAUGCCGGGCCAAGGGUUAUCUCGAUUGGAGUAAACAGAGGCUGGUGCGACAAAUCCUGGACCUUGAAAAGAGAGUUGAGCAAUGGAGGAAUCUACAGAUUACCAAAGCAUCAGACUCACAGAAGAACACAGAGGAAAAAGUCACUGGGUCAGAAUCGGCCAAUCAGAGCAAUUCUGUUGACACCGAAAUGGAUCCAUCAGUGACUACUGAGAAUGACAUGCAUUUUAGGGGAACAGUUAAGAAACUUGUAGAGGACAAAAAGGCUCUAAAGGAAAAAAUAAGCCAGCAAGAUGAGGAGAUAAAGCAAUUAUCUGCUGAGAAGAACAAAAGGAUGGAAGAGGUUGAAAAAGUGCUUAAAGAACAAAUUAGGGAGCAUGAAAGUCUAAUGCAAACACACAGACAGGAGAUGGGGGCACUGAUUGUAGAAAUCAACUGUUUAAAGGAAAAACUCGAGGAGGAGAGAAAACUCAGAUUACAAGAUCACAGUCAGGUUCCUGACAGUUCACUGUCAUUAACACACACCGAACCAACGUCAUCAUCAGUGUUGGUGUCAAAACAGAGUCUGGAGCAGAUGGAGAACAAAGCAGCUAAGAUCAUCCAGACACACUGGCGCUUACACCAAACACAGGAUCUGGUUCUCUUGCAGUCCUGCCUCAGAGGGCAUCUAACCAGACAGAGGCAGUUAGAUAAACAGAGCCAAUUAUGUUUGAACACUCAGGCUGUACAGGAAGAGGAAGUGACCCUGUUACAAUCUGUGUUUAGGGCUCAUCUCAAACGUAGCACUCUGAAGAUGGAAAGGGCAUCUACAGUGACAGAAUCAGUUUUUUCCAUACGUCAGAAACAUUCUUAUCCCUCCACUCCUCCACUGCUGCCCAGGGGGUCUUCAGAUGCCACAUUAUGGAAUAAAAGACAAACCUCAGGUGUGACUCAGAAGGAUAGUGAGGAGAUUACAAAAGAACUCAACCCUGCUUCUAAUGAUGCGCUAUUCCACCAAAAAUCAAUGCCAGCCGACACGAAGAUCGACCAACAGCUAUCAACCACAGAAAUUCCAAAGACAGUCGAUUCGGAUGACUCUGAUGACAUCAUUGUAUCUCCUUCAAAGCCAGUGAGAAAAAGAGAAUCAUCCUUAAGUCUGUUCAACCCCCAGUGACUUGAUUUAAGUUUGUUGUUUUUCUAUUUGAAUCCCAAAGGGUUUAGGAAAGCUGUUUCUUAACAUUUCUAAUCUAGAUCAGGCCUCAACAAUUCACAUGGUGUGUUCUUUUUUGUGGGCUUUUUUUUUGGCAUAGAAAGCCACCAACGAAAAGCCAUUUUUAAGAACAGUUUAUUACACGCUCAAUUUAAAAGGGAAUUGACACAACAGAAACAUAUCAUUAGGGCAAUAAUAAUGAUUUAAAUCAUGGAUUGUUGAUCAUUAUUACAAUAACCUAUAUCUAUUAAUUAUUCAGCUAACAUCACAUUGUUUUGACUUCUAGAAACCAAGUCUUCAAUUAAGGGAUAAAUUUGUCUUCACACUUCAAAGUGCCUUGCAUUGAACAUAGAUCUUUAAUUGAAUGAGGAUCAGGGAUUCCAUUUUUUUAAUUUCUCCUCACUGAAGAUCAAUUAAAAAUACACAUUACGUUAAACUUGAACAGCAUAUCUUAUAAAGAAUAUUUAAGCCAUUCUACACCUCCGAUUGAGACAAAUUCCAGGUACUGUGAAGCUCCACUAAUGUGGAUAAUGUAUAUUACAUAUUGCUGUAUUUAUGAAGUUUUCAUUUAACUUUAACCUCCCAGUUUGUAAUACUGUUUCAAUUAAAUGUUGACCGUGUGCAUCAGAGUUAGUCAUUAUAGACAUUCUGUAUCUAGCUAAUAAUGAACAUAUAACACUGAAGUCUUACAUUUUGUUUCUGUGUCUGUUUCAAUGCCUUGUUUAUUCUGCUUUUGCUCUAAGAGCACAUUAAUUGUUUGUGCCAUUGUGCUUGAAUUUUUGCCAGUUUUAUUAAAGACUUGUUUUCU